ACGGUUGAGCGCCCUCCGGGGUGUAUAAAGAGCGGGGUGGAGACCGGACCUCAGGGUCGCAGGUUCAAGCCCUGAAAGGGACCAGAAUUCUUCCGAGAUUUAAGUCCUCGUCGUGGUGCAAGGUUGAACUUCCCUGAGUCCAGUAAACCCAUGCCCGCUCUUUCCAAUUUUAUUUUCACAAUUCAUUCAACUCCGGCAUCAGUUGACUUUGAAUGCAGUUUAAUCACACAUUCUUCUUCAUCACUUACUAUGUCAAACCUGGUAUCUGCUGAUGCUAUACAGAACAUCUUCAAGUGUCCUGAUCCAGGAUGUGGAAAAGAAUAUGAUAAAUACAACUCACUCACCAGUCAUAUUUCUGAUAUCCAUAUUGCAACUAGGAAAAUCAAAUAUGAUGGAGAGGAGAUCACUUUAACUCGGAAUGAUGCUGGCGAAUUUAUCUGUCCUUGUGGUGAUAAGUUCACUAGUGUCAAGCGCCUUCGCAAGCAUGAACUAUGGCAUAUUGAUCAGAAGACAGCCAAUAUGGAGCAAACGACCAUAGGCUUGAAGGCUCAAUCAAAGCGCCAUAUUUCUGAUUCUCGAUAUAAUCCAUAUAGCACCAAGGAUAGAAUUCGAGUUACAGAUUCUACUUCAAAUCAGGUUACAACUAUCGGUCAAUCACAAUCCAAUAUCCAUGAUAUCAUCAUGAUUGAGGAUACUGAUGAUAUAAGCAAUAUGAUCAAGUCAAAGCUUAUCGUUGACAAGUUUUUGAAGACCAUCGAUUGUGCAGUUCAUGAAGAUUACAAGAUUUUUAUUUGCCGCUCUUGCAAUACAGGCAUAGAACCCAUCAAUAUUUAUGGACACCUCACCAAAUCUCAUCACUAUUUCUAUCCUAAUCUUCAGGAACAUAUCGACCGUACCGUCACAAAGUAUGGAAUCAUUCUCAAUACUGACAUACCUCUUCCAACACCUGGAGGACCUCCAAUUGAAGGACUGUCUAUAGAUGAUGGUCUUAUCUGCAUGGUUCAAGGUUGCAGCUUUGCAUGCAAAAAUGAGAGGUGGAUUCGAACUCAUAUCACAGAUAUGCACAAGGAGAUGUCUCAUGCUAUUGGUGACUGCUAUACAACUACAGCAGUUCAGACAUUCUUUUCACCCUUGCCUAUUCGAUACUUCUCAGUAAAUCGACAUCUCAAUCCUGCCUCACCUUUCACAGCAUAUCAGAAGUUUCUCACCGACAUUCAUCCUGCUCUCAUAAUGGCUUCACCUGCAGCACCACAGUCACAAAAUGACAUUCCUCCAUUGCUUCAAAUGACACUAUGGCAUAUGCAUUUGGAUCAAUUCCGUUUCAGCAAGGAGAAACGUGCAUCACUUCUUACAUUGCUAAAAUAUCCCAAGCCAGAUGAAGAUACUAUAGGCAACUUAUCCAAUGUUGUCUUGGAGUAUUUUCAGAAAGGCCGUUCUCUUGCUCGGAACUGUGAACAUCUCAUCUUGCGAAUGAUGCUUCAAUAUCCAGUUGAUACUUCACAUACCUCUGGUUGGAAUGUUCAUGAACGUGAUCAAACUUUGCAAAGUUAUGCACGUGUCAUUACAACAUUUACUGCCUUUGUCCUUCGUAUGCUCUCGGGUCACCAGGAACUUGACUAUACCUUGCCUUUCAAUCAAAACCAUGUCAAAUAUGCCAAGAUGUUGACUUCAGCACUGAAGUCAAACAAAGAGACACUACAUUUUAUGGAGGCAUAUCAAAAUCAGGAGAAGUAUAAUAAUGAUAUUAUGGGAGCAGUACAGUACCAGUGCAAGAACUUUCUAGCUGAUGGACAGCUUGGUCAAUUUACAAUGCUUCGUCAGCAUAUGGCCUAUACAACUGCUUUAAUUGCACGUUCAGCUGCACCACCAAAGAUUCAAUGGUCUCCAACACUUGACAGCAUCUCCUAUUUGGAUAUCACUCUUUAUCUGGGACACUUUCGUGAAGGUCUCAAUGAUCUUCUUACUCUUGCUGAGCAAUCAAUCACAGCAGUCACUGGUGGCCAUAUUCAAGCCAAUGUUCCAGCAUCAUUUGCUGAGAAUAUGUCCAAUACUUCAAAUCAGUAUUCCUGGCUUAAUGAAUCACCAUUCCUGAAUCAGUAUCUUCCAGUUUUGAAACAUCUCAUGAAUGAUCAAUCUCAUCCAAUUGCCGACAUAACAGCAGAUCAUCAGUUUCAUUGGCGAAAGGCAGACUGCAUGCAAUUUAUGCAAAAAAUGGGCGAUCUCAAUAAGAUCCUCUCUGUCCUAUGCUAUAUUCUUCCAAGUCAAGCCCCUCGAGGAUCAGAAUUUGUGGACACGCGUAUUCGAAACUCGGACAACCUUCGCAAUGUAUUUUACAGUCAUGGCCUAUGGUUUAUUUCACAGCGUCUCAAGACAUCUGGACUUACCGAGUCUCAUGAUUUUAUUCCAAUGCUCUGUCCACCACGCUUGGAGAAGAUCCUAUGCAACUAUCUCAUUCUCUUGCGACCCAUUGAAGUUCUCCUUGCCGAUAUUUGUUGGGGAUCUGCAGUCAAGGCUCUAUAUCAGGAAUUUCUCUAUGUGUCAUCUGGGAAGCGUAUAACCAGUGAUAUGUUUGGAAAAAUUCUUGAACUUCACACAUCUACCUAUAUGAAGUGUGAAAUGGGACGUCGACCAUAUCGACAUAUAUCCAUUGCCAUCAAACGCGAAUUCAUUCCUCCCAUGUAUCAUGGCAUGAUUGUCAAUGAAAUUGGAGAUCUCUCUGCAGGACAUAGCAGUCAUCAGGCUCGGCAUACUUAUGCUCAAGAAUAUGGCAGUCUUCCAUGGUUAACCACAGAUCGACUUUUUGAUUGUCGCAAAUUCUCUGAAGCAUGGCAUGAUGUACUUGGAAUAGGAAGCAAUCCAAUUCCAAUGCCUAUUCGCAAUACGUCUCACUACAAGCAUCAAGCAAUUCCUACAGUGCAGUCUAUUUCUGCUACUACAGCAUCCUCUCCCUCAGCAAUAUCUGCACAGCAGUCACCUAUUAUACCAUCAGCUAUGGAUCAAGAUCAAUUACAGGCAUUCAUUGGAACUACAGUCAAUAACUCUAUUGCAACUGCAAUGAUGGCACAUGAUGCAAAGAUAGAGAAAUCUAUUCAACAGGCAGUAGUGGCAGGUAUUGCAGAACUUCUAAUGCGCCAGCAGAAUAUGCAGUCACAAGGAAUAUCACUUCAAGGUCCACAGCCACCUUCCACUUUAUCAACUUCAAUAUCAGCCCAACCAAUAUCAACUGCUAAUCAAAGAUCUUCUCAGUUACCUGUUACUGAAGUUCAUUCAGUUUCUCAGGCAUCUCUAGUUCAGCCUAUUCAUUCUACCAACAAUAGGCCAUCUACCUUGCAUUCCAACACCAUUAUAUCUUCCUCAUUGCACACCUCAUCUGCUACUCUUCUGCAACUUCUUGCCAAAACUCUAAAGACUCCAAAUGCACAGUUUAAAUCAGUCACCCAGAAGAAGAUGGUUCAAUAUGCAGUAGAACGAAACCAGUCUUUCAUUGCCGUGUUACCAACUGGAGGUGGUAAAAGUGCUGCAUGGGAGGUUCCAAUACAAGGCAAUAAUGAAAAGGACAUGACUACUGUGGUGUUGAGUCCCUUUGUCUCACUCACUGCAGAUAUGCAACGCAGAGCAAAUGCAAACAAGACCACCAAUAUAGUCUGGAAGUCUGCAGGAAAACAAAGAGAUGGACAGUAUCAACUUCUAUUUGCAUCUUAUGAUCAUGUGAAGGUGCCUUCAUUCAAGGGAUAUCUUAGUCAAAAUGAAGACAAGAUCGCAAGAUUGAUUCUAGAUGAGGCGCAUCAGACCAUAACAGCCAAGGACUAUCGUGCCAACUUCAAUCAUAUGAAAGAUGUGCAAGAAUUGGCUAUACAGAAAAUCUAUCUUACAGGCACUCUUCCACCACGUCUAGUUCCACGCUUUCUUCAGUUCAAUGGACUUUCUGAAUCUACGCCUAUCAUUCGUGCUCCAACAAAUCGGCCAGAACUCAAAUACAUUAUUCUGCGCAUAUCUUCUCUAUCAUUUCUUGCCAUAUCAGCUUCACACCUAGUUCAUGAAAUUCAAAGACGAGUGUUCAAGCCAGAUUCACGUGGAAUUAUCUUCUGCAGAACACCAUUGGAGGCCGAUGAAGCUGCACAAUACUUGGGUUGUCUUACCUACUAUGCCAAAAUGGAGGACAAUGAUAAAAGUAAUGCUCAAAGUACUUGGCGUAAUGGAAAUGAAGUCCAACAUCAAUGGAUUGCAGCAACCUCUGCCUUCACUCAUGGAAUUGAUCAGGACUAUGUUGACUGUGUCAUGUUUUGGGGCUGUGCACAUGGAUUUAUUGAUUGCAUUCAGGCAGCAGCUAGAGGUGGAAGACGUGGAAGGCCAUGUUUAGUUAUCAUGAUUACUGGUGGAGAAAAAGCCAAAGUCAAGAAACCGGAUGAUGGUCUUGCAGUGGAGAUGAACACAUGGGCAGAUAACACAACUCAAUGCAGGCGACGUGGCAUCUCUUCAGUAAUGGAUGGUGAAGAAAUCUCUUGUCAAGACCUUUCUGGAUGUCAGCUAUGUGAUAUUUGCGAUCCAGAAUCAGAGAUUAUUGCAGUCGCUAAGCAAUCAAUCAAGAACAUAUCACCACCAAAGCCAUUAGCUAUAGAAGAAGAUACAGCUAUGGCUGAUAACACAGUUUCUCAGGCUGUCAUUCAAGAGGAUGAAGAUAUGUACGAUCAAGACUUUGGCAUAGAUGCCUUCCUUGCACAGAUGGAUAUGGCACAAUUUGAAGAUCAAAAUUCUGGCAGAGCUUCCUCUUCAAGUUCAUCCAAACCUCAGCCAUGCUCUUCUCCAAAUAAUUCCUUCCAAUCAUAUACUCAGACAUCCUUCUCAGGCCAAAUGACUACCACUCAUGCUAGCUCAGAAUGCAGUUAUGCACUGAGUUCUAUUCAGUCAUUCUCUUCUCCUUUGCAAACAGGAAAAGCUGCUAUCUCAAUUCAAGUAAAUGCUGCAUAUGCAAAGCAGAUGAAGCUAAGCAAGAAGCAGCUGGCAGAAUUGCUCUCCAAAUGUCUAGAGCAGCUUGAAAGCAAAUGUCCUGGCUGUUUUGCAAUCAAGGGUCUCCUCAGGGACUAUCACAAGAUUUUGGUUGGAUUCAAUGGAAGAAAACAUUGGAAUAUGAGCAGAAGUUUACCUACUGCUAUCAUUGUGGUUGUCCUCAAGGCGAAUUUCUUCCUCCCUGUCAUACAAGUCAUCAAGUUGGAACUCGAGACAAGAAUCGAAUUCGGCCAUGUCCAUAUGCCGAUAUCAUGGUUGUAGCCUUUUGGGUCAUCAGGCAAGAACUCAAGCUCUGGCAAGAGUGUGCUGUGACUUUCAAGCUUGAUCUUGAUAUGACAAUGGAAGACUAUGCAAAGUGGUUAAUGGAGCAUGCAGUAGAUGGUCGGUUCUAUAGAGGAAUUGAUGUGUUUAUAUGGUUAUGUAUGCACUACAAAUUAAUUUCUAUCUAGUUAGACUAUAGCUAGUUAUUAGUUAUUAGAUAUAUGAUAGAUAAUAGAAUGCAAUCUAUACUGGGUGUAAUUUAAGCUAAAGUUUAAUAAUUAGGGUGAAUAUAGAAUAAACUUUUAUUUAAAUAUACUUAACAAAUAGUAUAUCAAAUAAAAUAAAUAUAUUGUGAGUUUAAUU